UUUUUAGAAAUAUUAACCAGUUAUUGUGUCGUCUUUAUACAUGAGUAUUGUUACUUAAAAAUGUUUAAAACAAAAUUAGAAUUGGACAUACAUGUAGAUAAUAGUUUAAAAAGGAUAAACAACGAGACCGAGAGAGAUCUAAGUUGUUUUUCAUUUGCAAAGCUGUAUUUUAAUGUUGGUGACUAUGAACAGACUUGUCGUUACGUCUCUUUAUAUUUAACUGGUAAAUCAAAAUCAGCCGAAGGAUAUGAACUGCUGGGGAAAGCAUUAGAAAAAUUAAGUAAAAAAGAAGCUGCACUUGAGGCUUAUAGAACUAGCUUACAGCUUGAUCCUAACCAAGACAAUUUAGUUAUAAAGGCUUGUGAAUUACUAGCAUCGGAUAACGUGGAUAUGGAUCAUCCAGAUGCAAAGUAUUUCUAUAAUUUGGGUCAAUCUGUUAAUCCACAAGAUCCGGCUGUAUUUAGUUUGCGGGUGCGUUUGAUAUUUUCUAAAAAUGACGAUCCCAUUGAAGUCUCUAAACUGCUAUUAAAGGAGCUUGAAACCAGACCAACUGAUGUGAACUUAAGGGUUCGGCUACUUAAACACUUUCUACAAAACAACCUGAUUAAAGAAGCAUACAAACAUGCAUCUGCCAUCGAGGAAAAAAAUUUGUCUAUUUUUCAUAACGACUUAACUUGGUAUGAGACAUUUGCCGAAGUUCUCGUGAGGUUUGAAAGUGACCUUAUAUGUAGUUCUCAGCUCACUUGGGAGGUUUGGUUCCUGUCCGUAUCUGUGCAGGAUAGAUUGGUAGCCCUGAGUUUGGAUGAACACUUAGACACUGUAAAAACUAGUACCGAAUAUGUAACUGCAGUUUUCAAUUUCGAUCAAAUGCUGUAUAAAGCCUCGCAAAAUAUUCAGACCUGUCCAGAUGAUGAAUUAGUAACAGUAUUUUUGAGCCAUUAUCAUGCGCAGUUAUAUUUCUAUCUAGCCACGCUCAUUUUUAAACAAGCUAAAAAGGAUCUAAUUCAGUUCAAAGAGGCUUCCAACGUAACCCUUCCCGUUUUGUUAGCGGCUUACCAUUCCUCUCCCCCCGAUUUGCAGAGUAUUCGGCAGGCAGAAUCUCCAGAAAGUAGGAGACGGCUUGUACAACACUGGCACAAAGAAGCCUCUUAUCGUUGCUCACAAACGGGACACAUCCUUCUAGCGGCUGCUAAGGAUAGAAAGACUAUCGUAUUAGAAAAGGCAACACAGUAUUCAACGGGAAUGUGGCGGGAACAACUCUACAAGAAGGUGUUUGUGAAAAGAGAUCAACAACUCAAAAUAUCGACAAGUUUUUUCGUUUCAAGCUUUCAAGUCUUAGAGCCAGUUAUAAAAUUGCCUGAUCCUCUAGAUUUAGUAAAAUUCGAUGAAGUUGCUCAGCUAGUAUAUCCCGACUCUCUACACCACUACAUUUGGCUUGGUCUAAAUAGUAAGUUAAGCGACAUGGAGGUGAAAUCUUUCGAAGGCCUGCAGUAUUCCAUAAAAAAUUUGAACAAUUGUGCUGCUGAGGAACUAAACGUUCUGGAUAUUCAGUCGUUCCUUUAUUGUGCUAUUCUCUGUGCCAAGUCCAAAAUGGAGGAUACUAAAAAUUUGAUUUAUUACAACCAUGAUAGGCCUACUGUUUUACCAGUCUGUGUGACGGACCAUUUAGGCACUUUAAACCAGUGGAUGUUUGUAUCGGCCGCUUAUAAUAUGUACAAAAAUGAACCAGGAGCUAAUAUGGCAAGCAUUCAUUUGUUACUAAUUAGAGGCAUCAAAAUGGUGAGGUGUAUAGAUUGUCACGGCUUGGAUGUUAGAGUAUUGGUGACUUUGGCGAAAAUAUUUGAAGAGCGUUCGAAAAAACUUACCAAACAGUCGGAAAUCGAAUUUAAUGAUGCUAGAGCUGAAAUGUACUGGAAAACUGCCUUGCCGUUUUUGGAGAAAGUGAAAAAUAAUCAGAUGAUUACGUAUUCUAAUAACAGACUGUUUGAAUAUAAAGGGAAAGAUAUAUCUAUUUCCGAGGCAUCAUCUUACAUUGAAAGUGGGAAGUUGUUCACAGCUAUACAGCUGAUGAAGAAGAAGGAAUAUGAAAAAGCGUUACAUAUCUUCGAACAACUGAAAGAUCCUUACGCUAGUUUUUACCAGUCAGAAAUUUAUAAACACAUGGCUGAUCAAAAAACCAACCAGAACAAAGAAAAUGUUACAUCGGAAAUGAGGAGCCAAAAUAUUAUCUUACUCUCGAGAGCCAGGGACUGCCUAUACCUCACUCUGGACAGACUUCGUGAACCGUCAGUAGACAGAACACAUCCCUUAAACUCUCAACUUGGUACUGAAAUCGAGAAGAUAGAAAGACUUAUGUCCCGCAUUGAUUCAAACUGUACGAACUGCAAUGAACGUGACGGAAUGGCUGAGGAGAACUCGUCCUCUGACAACAAGGAGAACUCGUCCUCUGACAACAAGGAGAACUCGUCCUCUGACAACAGCGCAGGAGAUCAUUAUUUAACGACUUAUACAACUCACACCAGUUUUUAUGACGUACCUUAUACCCCAAAACAUGAUCCCAUUUCGAGUAUUUCAAGAAAAGAGAUAAGCCAAAUGCUCGACGAAAAGUUAGCAGCGGCUAAUGCUAGCAUGGACUCCGUUCUAAAUCAAAUUCUUAGCGUCCAGAAGAAUCUUGUGGAGGACAUGCAGAUCGUGAAGAAUGAAAUAAAUGAGUUAAAAACUCACAGAAAAAACAUUCUGUUGAGUGACGAGGAUCUCCUCUUUGACUCAAAUAUUAAUUUCAACAUUGGAGCAUAUAAUAUGAACUCGCCUAGCGUUUCUUCCAAUAAUGAACCAGGAAGGAUCAGAAAUGCCAGUAACUUAGCAGCUGCUUAUGGAGGACUAGGUUUACCACCACAAUCAGAUGCACUUCCAUUUGUGCCCGACCAACAGCUACCGUCGACUUCAGCUUCCGUCGCUGCUAGCUACGCCCAACCAAUUUUAGGUCGGCCAUUUCUCACUCAGGGCUUGCCAUCUAGCUUCCAGAAGAAGGAUGAGAAUAUUUUGGAGGACAUGCAGGUCGUGAAGAAAGAAAUCAGUGAGUUAAAAACUCACACAAAAAACAAUCUGUUGAGUGACGAGGAUCCAAAUGUCCUUGACCCUGACUGUGGGGUAGAUUAUAAUAUUAAUUCCAACAUUGGAGCAUAUAAUACGAACUUGCCUAGCGUUUGUCCCAAUUAUCAACCAGGAAAGAUCGGAAAUGCCAGUAACUUAGCAGCUGCUUAUGGAGGACUAGGUUUACCACCACAAUCAGAUGCACUUCCAUUUGUGCCCGACCAACAGCUACCGUCGACUUCAGCUUCCGUCGCUGCUAGCUACGCCCAACCAAUUUUAGGUCGGCCAUUUCUCACUCAGGGCUUGCCAUCUACAAGUUUGGGCAUCGGAAUGCUCACAGAGCACACAGUCCCUCACAUCACUCAACUGAUAAAGGAAUCCUCCAAGGCUGUACCCGUCAGCACCACCCAAAGCCUCUUCCCUUCGUCGCACUCCUCUUCUACUACAGCAACAAUAAAUAAAGCAGCGCCAGUAAACGUCGUGAUAACCAAUUCGAAUCCACUACCUACAACCAGCACACUUACUUCGCAACCAGUUCUGUCGGUUACCAUACCGCCGCAGCAUAUAAAGAGCAACAUUGCCAAAUCUCAGCCUCAUAAUUAUCAGAUUCCUCUACCGUCUACAGCCGUGACUGCGAUAGCCUCUACUCCGUCCGUUUUGAGUAAAUCGCCUCCUGCUAUAUCUACGCAGAGUUUGUUGUCUAACGUGUCGCCACUGGUAUUUUCUGCGGUGGCUCAAACAAAGAGCCCGUCUAAUGUGAGUCUGGGUCUUCAGUUCGAUCAAACUUUUAAUCCUGAGAAGAAUUCAACUUUCAUCGACAAUCGUGUCGAGCAAGCUGCAUUCAAGACAUCCGAAAAGGACGAGAAGUUCCAUGAAAGUUUCGAACCCCGUAAGAAAUCAUAUCAAGAUCGUGCUAAGAAAUCAUCCCAUCCUGCUAUUAAAAAAAGCACAAAAAAAAAGUCAGCAACUAGUGAGCAUGAGGGUGUAAGAUCAAGACCACAUACACGGUCCCAGGGCCAUACUGAAAAUGCCAGUAAUGAUGACAUAUCGUCUGCAUCAGUAUCAGCCUCUAAUCCUGAUUCCUCAACUGAGGCUCUCGUGUCACUUCCCGACGCUAUAGUCGUACCAAGAGAAAACGUCCUGUUUAAACAAAAAUCCGUCAGGCUACAUAAACAUGAUACAAACAGCAGUACCUGGAAAUUUAAAGGCACUGGUAGCUUGAAAGUCUUGCACCAAUCGCAGAAUAACACAUACAGGAUUUUCAUGAGAUACCGAAAAGAUGUGUUGAACCAGCGCAUCGUUCCUAACCUCGACCUUCAGCCGAUACACAGGUCGAACACGCCUUACGUGGAAUUCAAUAUUUUAAGCGAAGAUGAAAACAACCUAGAGAAAUUACAAGUUGGUUUCAAAUUAGUCAAGCUGGCUAAACAGUUUCACGACGUCGCCCAAGACGUCAUCAAGGAAGUGACUGAGGUACAGAACAAAUCCUUGCCUGCAACCGCUCAAAAUUUUGACGAGGAUGACAAGGAUAAGGACGAAGACGGCGAUAAAGACGAACGUUCUGUUCUGUUCACGAAAUGCUGCACAUUAAGUGAGCUGUCCCUAUGUAGAAUGUGGAAACCUAUAACUAUGGGCAAACUGCAGAUUUACUACGACCCUGAAAUGAAAGCAAGGCUAAUGUUGAACGAUGACAGCGGAAACGUUUUAAGUAACACGCUAAUUGGGAUGAACACUUUAAUGGAAAUUGAAAAGACGGAAUGUACUUGGAGAGCAGAGGAAGGGGCAGAUGGCGAUAUGAAUUGGAGAACUUUGAAAGCCACAUUUAGCAGCGAAGUAACAGCAAAGGAAUUUUAUUCCAAUUAUUUAAAAGUGUUGUCGCAGCAAAAAUAAAUAGAAUGUUGCAAUUCCUUUUUAACUUAAUAA